UCAGUCGCCCUUUGUUAACCCGACCCGAUUUCUCCUUUAAAUAACCGGCUACGCCUUGGAACGCAAAAGCUUAGGGUUUUCUUGGUCGCAGUCUUUCCCUUGAAGUUUUCUCUGAGGUGUUACAGGGAAAUCUACGGUGGAGCUAUUUGGGGAUGGCACCAAGACCGUCCAAUUCUGGACUUUUUGUGGGUCUAAAUAAAGGACAUGUGGUGACAAAGAAGGAAUUGGCCCCACGUCCGUCUGACAGAAAGGGGAGAACUAGCAAGAGGGUCAGUUUUGUGAGAGGCCUCAUCAGGGAGGUGGCUGGUUUUGCUCCUUAUGAGAAGAGGAUCACUGAGCUUCUAAAGGUUGGGAAAGAUAAGCGUGCACUAAAGGUGGCAAAGAGGAAGCUGGGUACUCAUAAGAGGGCCAAGAAGAAGCGUGAGGAGAUGUCUUCUGUUCUUCGGAAAAUGAGAGCUGGUGGAGCUGGAGAGAAAAAGAAAUGAGUUCUUGAGUUCUUCACCCAGAUGCCAGAGCACUUGUUGGAGUUCCAUUACAAUAUCUAGUGAUGCGUAUUUGUGGUGUCUGCUAUCAUUUUGAAAUUUUGCUGAAAAGAUUUGAUUAUGUUUGCCAUCUAAACCCUAAUUUCUAAAUAUAGAUGAACUGAUUAGCAACUUAUUGCGUUGUUAAAUCUAUCUUCUUUUUAUGAUGAGAUCUCAUUUGAGGAAA